UUUCAUGUAUUCAACCCGUAGACAAUCACUCCCCCGUCUUCUUCUUUCUCUCCACCAUAAAAUAAAAAUAUUUUUAUUUCCUCUCUCUAUCUCUGCCUCUCUGUUUAGCUAAAAACGGUGCCACAUUACAACGGGAAUUUUUCAGCAAAUCUAUUCAUUUAAUUAAUGAAUCUCCAGCUCCUCCUGAACUUGGUUUAAUUAAGAUUGUUUAUUACAAAGAUAGUCAUAAAUUCUGGUGUGAAAUCUAAGCUGAUUGGCUAGCUGUUAUAAGCUUGUUGCAAUUUGUGCAGAAUGGUGAAAUAAUAUCCAUGUAGCCGAUCCCAACUAGUUUGGGCUUGAGUCUUGGUUGUUGUUGUUGUCCAGCUUGUUUUGUUUCAAUAACUGUUCCUCUGAGCACAGAAAACUAAAAAUAGGUGAUUGAUGGUGGAAGAAGCAUGACUUUGGGGCUUACAGAACCGAGACCAUGCAUGUGACUGCACCUUUAGAUCUUUCUACUCCAAAUCAUGGCCCCUAAACAUCUCCGCUUAGCCUCCAGAAGAGUACCCUUUAAGGUUCUCUUCAUACUGCUGAUAUUUGUGCCGAUUUGUGUGAUUGGAAUCCUCGUACAUGCCCAGCAUAUCUCCUACCUUUUCCGUCCACUUUGGGACAAUCCCCCUUCUCCCUUUAAGCAUGUACCUCACUAUUAUGCAGAGAAUGUUUCAAUGGAACAUCUUUGCCUCCUACAUGGUUGGUCCCUACGCUCCGAACCUCGUCGUGUAUUUGAUGCCAUCAUCUUUAGCAAUGAGCUAGACAUUCUUGAGAUUAGAUGGAGAGAGCUUCAUCCUUACAUCACUAAAUUUGUAAUCCUUGAGUCAAACACCACUUUCACCGGCAUCCCCAAGCCUCUCUUCUUUGACUCGAACCGGUUUAGGUUUGCCUUUGCGAAGGAGAAGAUUGUCCAUGGUGUAUUUUCAGGCCGAAUUGCUACCCGUGGAACAUAUGAAAGCCCUUUUGGACUCGAGUUUGAGCAGCGGAGAGCUAUGACUGGAUUGCUCCGCGGUUCAGGAAUUUCCAACGGUGACUUGAUAAUUAUGUCUGAUGCUGAUGAGAUUCCAAGCCCGCACACCGUGAAACUACUGCAGUGGUGUGAAGAAAUUCCACAUGCCAUACACCUCGAGCUGAAGCACUACAUGUACUCAUUUGAGUUCCCUGUAGAUUACAGUAGUUGGCGGGCCACAAUCCAGAUUUUUGGUCCUCAGACCAGAUAUCGGCAUUCACGCCAAACUGACCUUAUUCUUUCUGAUUCUGGGUGGCAUUGUAGUUUUUGCUUCCGUCGACUUCAGGAAUUUGUGUUUAAGAUGACUGCUUAUAGCCAUGCAGAUAGAGUUAGGAGGAAGGGUUUUUUGAACUACUCUAGAAUUCAGAAACUCAUUUGCAGGGGAGAUGAUCUCUUUGAUAUGCUACCUGAGGAGUACACGUUUCGGGAGCUGAUUAAGAAGAUGGGACCAAUACCUCAUUCGGCUUCUGCGGUUCAUCUUCCAGCUUAUUUGAUAGAGAAUGCGGAUAAGUUGAGGUUUCUUCUCCCCGGGGGUUGUUUACGAACACACGAAUGAAGGGUUCGGCAAAGCCCAAAUCAAGUGAGUAAAAUGUGUAGAUGCAGUACCUUUUCUUUGUUUAGGACUCCAAUGCCUAGUUUUGUAAAGGGAUGUCUAGUUGCAAACAAGGAAGAAAAUUGAUCGUUAAAAAAAUGAUAUUUGCUGCUUCAUUCAA